CUCUCUCUCUCUCUCUCUCUCUCUCGUUCUCUUCCUUGGCACAGAGAGAGCUUCUUGAUUCCUCUUUCAAUAGCCACGUCUGUUCUUGGUUCCCAGCCAUCGAUCGCACUAUGGCUCUCUCUCCAAGGCUCCCUAGGAGCAUCCAAGAAUCUGCCAGCAGCUGCUCCCCCUCCCCCACGGUUCGGUGGCCCUUCGCCGAUUUGUUCGACAGCGGACUUCAAGAUCAGAUCUCUGCUCUCAAGCGCUGCGAGCAGGAACGCCAAAAUCUCGAAUAUCAGAUCCAUUCCCUCGAUGUCCGCAUCGAGAGGUUUGACGAGCGCUUGGAACGACUCCGGAAUGAAGAGAACUUGAGUACCGACAAGCUGACAAAGUGCAUCACCAAGCAGGAGAAAAUGGAACAGGAGAAGGUCGAACUAGAGAAUAAAGAGAAGGAUUUGUUUAAACGUUACAACAAAUUAAAGACAGUACAAGGCUUUCAAAAUUUACAGAUUGAAAACUUGGCAGCUCAAAUUCAAACCUUGCAAACAGAGAAUGAAAGCAUAAGUACCAAACUUCAAAGAGCUUAUCAGAAGGUCAAGGAACUUCACAAAGAGAACGAAGUCUUGCAGAAUGUAGCUGAAGAUAGCAACCACCUCCUGCCCAUUAAAAAGAGAAAUACAUCAUCAGCAUAUCACAGAUAAAGGAAUACAAGAUCAAGCAAAAGCGAGAUGACUGCAACCAAAAGGGUGAUUGAUAGCUGUGGAGCACAGAACCACUGUCACCUGCGCGACAGUAUUCUCCUGACGUAUCAUGAGGCGUCACUAGUUCUUUGAGUAGUUCUUGUUGUACAACCAUUGUGAAGGACUUAAUACGUUGAAACCCAUGCAGCUGGAUAGAGUAUUUGUUCUUUAAAUUCUUGGAUCCACACUGAUAAAUCAAAAUGAAUAACUAGUUAUACUAA